AUGGACAAAGGAAUCAAAAUAGCCAUUGACAGGGGAGGAACAUUCACUGAUGUAUACGCUUCUCUUCCAGGAAAAGAUGAGAUGGUUUUUAAAUUAUUGUCUGUGAACCCAGCUAAUUAUCCAGACGCGCCAACUGAAGGUAUUAGAAGGGUUUUAGAAGUUGCGAAUGGCUGCGAAAUUCCUAAAGGAGAAAAAUUGGAACUCACAUCGAUUGAGUCCAUAAAAAUGGGUACUACAGUUGCAACAAAUGCACUUUUGGAAAGGGAAGGUGCAAGAGUUGCAUUGCUAACUUCGAAAGAUUUCAGAGACGUUUUAGCUAUAGGUAAUCAGACAAGGCCAGAUAUUUUUAAUAUCAGUGCAAAGAAAUUAGAGCAAUUAUAUUCAACUGUGAUUGAAAUUAAUGAGCGUAUUACGUUAGAAAAUUAUACUGAAGGAGGAGGCCCCCAAGAGCCCAUCACCCUCGAAAACAACAAGGACCCUAACUUAGUUGCAGCUUCAACAGGAGACAUCAUUAGAAUCCUUGAGAGGCCAGAUUUAAAUAAAGUCCGGACUCAAUUGGAAGAAUUAAAAGAAAAUGGUUACUAUAACAUAGCGAUUUGCUUCUUACAUUCAUAUCUUUACCCGGAACAUGAAAUCCAAGUAGCACAGCUCGCUAGAGAAAUGGGGUUUCAGGUUUCAGUUUCUACUGAAUUGCAACCUCAGAUUGGAGUUAUCAAUAGGUGUAGCUCAACAGUAGCCGACGCAUAUCUUUCACCCAAAAUUCAAGAAUACCUUAAAGGCUUUGGAUCCGGAUUCAAGGGCGGCCUAGAGGCUAUGGGUCACAAGCUUUUGUUCAUGCAGAGUAAUGGCGCUCUCUGUCCGUGGUAUAAAUUUACUGGACUAAGGGCAGUUUUGUCGGGACCCGCUGGUGGGGUUGUAGGAUAUGCAAAAUCUUGCCACGAUAAAAGAGAAGGAAUCAAAAAGGCAACCUUGGGCUUUGAUAUGGGCGGUACAUCGACAGAUGUGUCUAGGUAUUCAGGAAGAUUUGAGCAUAUUUUUCAAAACGUUGUAAGUGAAACACACUUAAAUACUCCCCAACUAGAUAUUUCAACGGUAGCGGCGGGAGGAGGCUCGAUGUUGUUUUGGAAAAAUGGUAUGUUCGUUGUGGGACCUCAAUCAGCUGGCGCUGAUCCGGGGCCUGCAUGCUAUCGUAAAGGAGGGCCGUUGACCAUUACAGAUGCCAAUGUUUUUACAGGUAGGCUAUUGCCAGAAUUCUUCCCUAAAAUCUUCGGACCUAAUGAGGAUGAACCAUUGGAUGUCGGAAGAUCAAAAUUACUUUUCGAAAAAUUGGCUAAUCGAAUCAAUACGGAAAGCAGUGAGUUUAAAAUCACUCCAGAGGAAGUAGCAUGUGGGUUCUUGAAGGUAGCUAAUGAAGCAAUGAGCAGGCCCAUUAGAACUUUGACAGAAGGAAAGGGAUAUAAUACUUGCGAUCAUAACCUCGCUGUUUUUGGUGGGGCUGGAGGUCAACAUUGCUGUUCUAUCGCUAGAACUUUAAAUAUUGAAAAUGUUGUCGUUCACAAGUAUUCUUCAUUAUUGUCUGCAUAUGGAAUAUCUUUAGCAGAUGUUGUGGUAGAAAAACAGCAACCGGUUUCAUUGAUCUGGAAUGAAAAUAAUUUGGAAAAGAUAAAGUUAAAAGUUAAACAGUUGCAACAAGAGGUGCAAUCGGAGUAUGAAAAAGAAAAGACAGGAGAUAAUCCUACUACAAUUGAAUCGUAUCUCAAUAUCAAGUAUGUGGGUACUGAUACCUGUUUAAUGAUUUUGAAACCAACAGAUAGCUGGGAUUUUGAAUCUCUCUUUAUAAAAAAGCAUCAGCAGGAUUUUGGAUUCUCAUUAAAUAGAGGAAUCAUAGUUGAAGACGCUAGAGUUAGAUUAGUUAUACACAGCGACAAUGACGAUCAAAUCAACCCAUUCAAAGAGGCGAAUGUUAUAUCAGAAGUUAAAGUAUCUGCCCCAUUUAAGGAGCAUAAAGUCUACUUUGAAGCAGAUGGCUGGGUUACUUCUAAAAUAUACUUUUUACACUCUUUGCCUAAGGGCUCGAAAGUAGAAGGGCCUGCUACCAUAAUUGAUAACACUCAAACCAUCGUAAUUGAGCCUCGGUGCUUUGCAAGGGUUUUGAGUCAACAUGUGUUAGUUACUGUUUCUCAGUCCAAGAAAGUAGAUAUUUCAAGCGAUGUUGUUGACCCCAUUCAACUUUCAGUAUUUGGACAUAGAUUCAUGUCAAUCGCUGAGCAAAUGGGGACAACACUUCAAAUGACUGCUAUUUCAACUAACAUCAAGGAGAGAUUAGAUUAUUCAUGUGCAUUAUUCGAUUCAGAUGGAAAACUUCUAGCAAACGCUCCUCACAUUCCUGGGCACUUAGGAAGUAUGUUUAAAGCUGUGGAAGCACAGAAUAAACUCUGGAAAGGUAAGUUGAAAAAAGGCGAUGUAUUAUUUGCCAAUCAUCCUUCUACAGGUGGAACUCAUUUACCUGAUAUUACUGUUUUAACUCCUGUGUUGGACGAGUCAAACAAUGUACUCUUUUGGACGGCUUCUAGGGGUCAUCAUGCUGAUAUUGGUGGAAUGACAGCUGGAUCAAUGCCUUCGGAUUCGAAAGAAAUUUGGCAAGAAGGUGCAGCAAUUGAGUCCGCAAAACUUUAUUCUGAGGGUGUAUUUCAAGAAGAAACUGUUGUUGACUACUUAUAUAACAAGCCAAGCCAGUUCGAGGGAUGUAGUGGCUCAAGAGCUCUAGAUGACAACAUAAGCGAUCUUCAAGCUCAUGCAUCUGCGAACUAUAGAGGAAUAAAAUUGUUAACUUCCCUUAUCGAAGAAUUCGGCAUUGAUGUUAUCAAAUUAUAUAUGAACGCAAUUCAGAAAUCUGCGGAGAUGGCUGUUAGAGAUCUUUUGAGAAUUGCAUAUGAUAGAUUUGGUGGACAACCGAUGAAAGCGGUUGAUUACUUAGAUGAUGGGACUGCUAUUGCCGUGACUAUAACCGUUAAUAGAGAGGAGGGAACUGCUGUCUUAGAUUUUUCAGAAUCUGGAGAGCAAUAUUAUGGAAACUUGAACUGUCCUAUUGCAGUACUAUAUGGUGCAAUUCUAUAUGUUUUAAGAUGUCUUAUCAAUGUCGAUAUUCCCCUUAAUAGUGGAUGCAUGGCACCUCUCGAUAUCAGGGUUAGAGAGGGCUCCUUGUUUCAAGCUUCUUUUGAAGCAGCCACUGUUGGAUCAAAUGUUGAAACUGCCCAAAGAAUCACCGAUGUGAUUUUCAAAGCUUUCCGUGCUGUUGCUGCAUCCCAAGGGACUUGUAAUAACUUCACGUUUGGCUCAUCUGAUAGUAAAUAUGGUGUUUUUGGAUAUUAUGAGACUAUUGCUGGUGGUGGUGGCGCAGGAGAAAACUUCAAUGGUCAGUCAGGUGUCCAAGUGCAUACAACAAAUACCAGAAUGACAGAUUCUGAAUCUUUCGAAAAGAAGUAUCCAUGCAUUAUUAGAAAGUAUGAAAUAAAUAGAGGAUCUGGAGGUGAAGGUUUGAACAAAGGAGGCGAUGGUGUCAUUAGAGAAAUUGAAUUUACAAUUCCGCUACAAGCCACUUGUCUUAUGGAAAGGCGUGUAUUUGCUCCUUAUGGAAUGGAUGGAGGAUAUCCAGGAAGAAGAGGAUACAAUUAUUGGUUAAGAAAGCAACCCGAUAACUCCUUCAGAAAAGUUGCUUUAGGUGGAAAGAAUAGCGUCUGGACGAAGCCAGGUGAUAGGAUUAGAAUCGAAACGCCAUCUGGAGGUGGUUGGGGUAAGCCUGCUGAUCAAGAAUCUGGGCUGGAAGUUUUAAAAAUAUGCGAGGCCAACUUCCCUUCAAUCAAUUCUAAAAGUAUGCCACCAAAAAUUUUGACAGGUAGUGUUGCCAUCAGAGAAAUUACCCAGGCAACUAACUAA